AUGAAGCGCAAAGAACGGAACCGUGAGCAUAUUGGAUCUAACAACAGUGAUUCAAACCCACCUGAGGCUGCCAUUGGAUCUGCUACCAUUGACAAUGACGCGCCAAGAACGGCUGGGGAGGAGAAUAUGGCCGUAGAACCAAUGAGACCUGUUGGUUUUUUCUUCAAGCCGAGUGAUUAUUGGACGGCUUGCAAGCUCUCCUCAAGGUGCCACCAACACGAUUUUCUGGAGACGAUUAAAGACUUUAAGGAGUCAGAGAAGAGUUGGUUUGAGAAUCACCCUCAGUUCAAGCAUUUAUUCCACAUGGAUUGUUGCGAGAAAAGAAAGGUUCAGGGAUUGUGGAUGUUGCUACUUCGUUGUAUGCAUACAGGAAAGGAGCGGCAAGCUUGGUUUGGGGUAAACGGUGUUCCAAUUAGAUACUCUAUCAGGGAACAUGCCCUCCUCUCUGGUUUAUACUGCGGAUCAUACCCUGAAAACUAUCCGAGAAAAGGGAAGAUGAAGUUUGCAACAAAGCAUUUUAAGCACUUGCAGAAGAAGACUAAGGAGAAGAAUAGGAAGAAACAGGGUCUGAGAGUGACAGAAGCGGAUGUCUUAGAGAAGCUUGAGAAGAUGGAAGCUGAUGAUGGUAGUGAUGAGCGUCUGAAGAUGGCGGUUCUUUAUUUUUUGACCAGAGUAAUAAGAGGAAGGACAAGAAAUGCAUACUUCAUUGAGCCUUUCAUUCUCCAGGCAGUAGAUGAUCUGGAUUUUUGCAACAAGUUUCCAUGGGGCCGUUACACAUUUGAUGAUUGCAUGAAGGAGAUUUUCCACUUGAGGGAUCAUUUCGCUAAAGGGCUCCCAGAGAAUAAUAUGCAGUGGACAUUUCCUGGGUUUGUCAUCCCUUUGGAGAUAUUGGCUUUUGAAUGUAUCCCUGUCCUUAGGGAAAGUUUCAGAGAUCCUGAUCCAAACUGUCUCCCAGAUUGCCCAAGAAUGUGCAAAUGGAAGUACAAGAGGACUGGGACAACAGGAUUUGCAUUAGAAGAGAUUUAUAAGGCGCUUGGAAACACAAAGGUGAUUUCAAGUACGCUGAAACCACAGGGAGAUGAACUAGACCUCUUGUAUGAAAUCAUGGAUGAAGGGAGUGUGGAAGACGUGGAGCUGCAAGAUGAUUCAGAUAAGGCAGACAUAGCCGUUGACGGUUGGAACCGGAUCCUUAUAAAACCGGAAGGAAAAAUAUCUUGGGAGGAUCUAUUCGAGAUGGAUGUGAGAACCCGGCCUACCACACAGCAACUAUCUGAGCCUCAUGCACGAGUAAAGGAGUUUGAACAAGACAAGAUUCAAAGAGAAAAUCGGUCAUUCCAAUUUGGUGAAUAUGAAACAUGUGAGGCUUCAGGAGGCAAAGGAAGAGAUAAUAUGGGCAAUGGCAAUGAGGAUGGUGAGGCAGUGGCUGAGAAGGAUGGUGAGAAACAGGUCGAAGAAGAGGCUGAGAAGAAUGGCACGAAAGAGGCUGAGAAGGAUGGCGCGAAAGAGGCUGAGAAGGAUGGCGCGAAAGUGGCUGAGAAGGAUGGCGCGAAAGAGGCUGAGAAGGAUGGCGCGAAAGUGGCUGAGAAGGAUGGCGCGAAAGAGGCUGAGAAGGAUGGCGCGAAAGUGGCUGAGAAGGAUGGCGCGAAAGAGGCUGAGAAGGAUGGCGCGAAAGUGGCUGAGAAGGAUGGCGCGAAAGAGGCUGAGAAGGAUGGCGCGAAAGUGGCUGAGAAGGAUGGCGCGAAAGAGGCUGGGACAACACCUGAAGAUGCUGAGGGUGAGGAAGAGGCUGCGAAAGAGGCUUAUGAGGUCGCUGGCAAUGAGGAUGAAGUAGGUCAGAAGGAGGGCGAGACAGAGGCUGACAAGGAGGGUGAAACUGAGGAAGGCAAGACAGAUGUGGAGGACUCGCCAUCUACUCUUCAAGUGAUGGCAGAAGCUGCGGAGAAACUCGAGAAAGAGGUUGAUGAUAAGGCUGCUGCAGAGAAGGCUGGUGAUGAGUUAGCUGCUGCUGAAAAGGCAGCUAGUGAUAAGGAAAAAGUUGGUGAUGAGGAGGAGACCAGGCCAAAGAGGACCCAUAAACCUUCUCGUCCGCUCAGGUCUCCGUAUCAGAAAAACUAA